AUGUCCCCAAGUGCCAUCGAGACUGUCCCGACGGGGACCAAUAACUGGUGGAAGGAAGCCACCAUCUACCAGGUCUACCCAGCAUCCUUCAAAGACUCCAACGGCGAUGGCUGGGGUGAUAUUCUCGGCGUCAUUGAGAAAGUGCCCUACCUGCACUCUCUCGGGGUGGACGUCGUGUGGCUGUCGCCCAUGUACGACUCCCCCAUGCACGACAUGGGCUACGAUAUCUCAGAUUAUGAAAACGUCCUACCGGCAUACGGCACGGUCGCAGACAUCGAGAAGCUGAUAGACGAGUGCCACAAGCACGGAAUGAGACUCAUCCUAGACCUCGUCGUGAAUCACACCAGUGACCAACACAAAUGGUUCCAGGAGAGCCGCAGCAGCAAAGGUAAUCCCAAACGCGAUUGGUAUUUCUGGCGGCCGCCUCGCUACGAUGCUUAUGGGAAUCGGAUGCCGCCUACAAAUUACCGGGGUUAUUUCGCGGGGAGUACCUGGACAUGGGAUGAGCAUACACAAGAGUACUACCUCCAUCUUUACGCCAAAGAGCAGCCAGACCUGAAUUGGGAUAAUGAAGUGACCCGCAAGGCCAUAUACGAUAGCGCGAUCCGCUUUUGGCUGGACAAAGGCGUUGACGGGUUCCGGGUUGAUACCGUUAAUAAAUAUAGCAAACACACGGAUUUUCCAGACGCGCCAAUCACCGAUCCCAAGAGUUUCAUCCAGCCAGCGAUUGGCAUGUGGUGUAACGGCCCACGGAUCCACGAAUUUCUCCGCGAGAUGUACGAUGAGGCACUAGAGCCGUAUGGCGAUGUAGUGACGGUCGGUGAGCUAGCCAACACUCCAGACCCGGCGCAUGUCUUGAAAUACGUCAGUGCGGCAGAGAAGCAGCUUAGUAUGGUCUUCCAUCUAGACAUCGGCCAUAUCGGUAUGGGCCAUAGUCUGGAGGACAAGUAUAUCCUCCAACCUUGGGAAUUGACAGAGAUGAAAUCCAUAGUCAACAAGUGGCAGACCUUUAUAGAAGGAACUGACGGCUGGACAACAGCAUUCUGCGAAAAUCACGACAACGGCCGGUCCGUGUCGCGGUUUGCGUCGGAUGCUCCCGAAUUCCGCGAGGUAUCUGCCAAAAUGCUUGCACUGAUGAUGGUCGCCAUGACCGGGACGCUGUCCAUCUACCAGGGUCAGGAAAUUGGCAUGAUCAAUGCUCCCCGUGAAUGGUCGAUUGAUGAGUACAAGGAUAUCGAGGGAUUAGGAUAUUACCGUGAAGCUCAGAACCAGGUUGCCAGUGGCGUGGAUCCAACCCGCGAGAAACGCAUUAUGGAUGGGUUACGAAUCCUGGCCCGUGACCACGCACGACUCCCAAUGCAAUGGGACGAUUCUCCUGAGGCAGGAUUCACUACGGGAAAACCCUGGAUGCGAACGCAUGAUCUAUACCGAGACAUCAACGUCAAGAAGCAAGAGGCAGAUCCCGACAGCGUGCUGUCUUUUUGGAAGAAGGUGCUGCGUCUGCGGAAAGACUAUCGCCAGUUGUUCAUCCACGGCAAGUUUGAAGUACUGGACUUUGAGAACCUAGAAACUUUUUGUUUCGUUAAAUCUAGGGGAGAGAAAAGGGCGCUCGUUGUGUUAAAUUUCACGGGGAUAGAGCAGCCCUGUUCGCAAGCUGAAAUGGCGGCAGGCAUGAAACUGUUGGCCAGCAAUUAUUCUGAGUGCUCCUCUUCGCAGAGGCUGCGACCUUAUGAGGGCCGAAUUUAUGUGUCAGAUAAAUCGUAA